GUUACACAGAGCGGAGGAAGCGGAGCUGGCAGACAGGCAGGUUGAAAGGGAACCAAGGCGAAAAGUCAACUUAGUGUAAAAAGUUAAAUAGGUAAAUUAUGUAGCUGUAGUGGGUGUUUUCCCUCAUUAUAUGUUAACUAUACUGUACACAUGUGUUAAGUCAUUUGGUGUCAGUUUCAUAAGCGUAAAUAUUGUCCGACUCUGAGAGAUCAAUCAAGGACGUGGGCUACAUUUGGGGCAUUUACGCUACAGGACGAAGAAGGGAAACAGUACAGCAUACCCAGACUCUUCCACAGUCAUGCCUCAGGGAGAUAUGAAACAACCUCUUCUGAGAUCUUCACGGCGCCCGCAAGGCCCCCUAUCUGACGUUGGUACUGACGCUCCUCUGGUGGGUAUACUUGGCACGGGGGAUUUCUCUCGUUCUUUGGCACAGCGGUUGGUGGCAUCCGGCUACCGGGUGGUGGUCGGAAGCCGCACUCCCAAACGUUCCUCUGGGCUCUUCCCUGAAGAGGCGGAUGUGACAACCCAACAGGAGGCCGCUUCACAGGCCGACCUGGUGUUCGUUGGGCUGUUUGUGGAACACUAUUCGACGCUAAGUGAACUUAAAGAGUCUCUAGCAGGGAAAACAUUGGUGGAUGUUAGCAAUGGUAUGCGCAUUAAUCACGACGGGCCCUCCAACGCGGAGCAGCUCGCAACACUCUUCCCUGACAGUGUGGUGGUGAAGGGCUUCAACGUCAUCUCCGCCUGGACUUUGCAGACUGGGCCAAGAGACGGCAGUAGACAGGUGCUACUGUGUGGUGACAACGUGGCGGCCAAGACCUCUGUGGCCCAGCUGUGCCGGGACAUGGGUUUCAUACCUGUGGACCUGGGCCGCCUCAGUUCGGCGCGAGAUAUCGAGAACGCCCCUCUGCGCCUCUUCCCCACAUGGACGACACCCGUGGUCUGCGCCCUCUCCCUCUUCUUCUUCUUCUACUUCUUCAACUUCCUGCAUGAUGUCCUCCACCCUUACGUCGUCAACGGCAAGAACGUCUUCUACAAGCUGCCCAUCGACACUGUCAACGUCACGCUCCCCGCCGUCGCCAUGGUGAUGCUGGCGCUGGUGUACCUGCCGGGUCUGCUGGCGGCGUUCCUCCAGCUGAGGCUCGGCACCAAAUACCGGCGCUUCCCCGACUGGCUGGACCGCUGGCUGCAGGCGCGCAAGCAGAUGGGCCUGCUGGCGUUCCUGUGCGCCGCACUGCACGCCAUCUACAGCCUGUGUCUGCCCAUGCGCAGGUCGGCCCGCUAUAAGAUGCUCAACACCGCAUACAAGCAGGUGAAGGAUGGUCCGGCUGAAGUGUGGGAUGAUGAGCAGGUGUGGAGGAUGGAGUUGUACAUCUCGGUGGGCAUCCUGGCCCUGGGGCUGCUCUCGCUGCUGGCUGUGGCCUCUCUGCCCUCUGUGGGCAACUCCCUCAACUGGAGAGAGUUCACCUUUAUACAGUCGCGGUUGGGUUACGCCGCCUUGGUGAUGGCCACGCUCCACACGCUGCUGUUUGGCUGGGACCGGGCCUUCACGGCGUCCCAGUACCACUUCUACCUGCCGCCCACCUUCGUGCUGGCGCUGGCGUUGCCAGCGCUGGUGCUGCUGGGCCGCCUGGCGCUGUCCGUGCCCUGCGUGGCGCUCCGCCUGGCCCGCAUCCGCCGCGGCUGGGAGCAGGAACGCUGCAUCCGCUUCCAGCUGCCCGAGGAGGCGGGGAAUGGAGUCGAGCACAUCAGUGACGUCUGAGACCUGUGUGUGUGCGUGUGUGUGAGGGAGUGUGUGUGUGUGUGUGUGUGUGUGUGUGUAUCUGUCUGUGUAAGAGACAUAAGAAGAGAGCAAAGUAAAACUGGACAUUGGUGUAUGUUGAGAUAUUACAUAGCGAUAUAUAUAAUGUAGUAUUUUUGAGACAGAGGUACUGGUAUUUUCAUAUCCUUCACCGCACUGGCACAGUUCCUGUAGGAGUUUGGUCAGUUACUUCCUUUUUUGUCCAAGCCCCAAAUAGCCCUCUUGUGGCGUCUACUGGUGUUAUUUUAGCUGCUGUAGGAGGAUUUUUCUGAAUGAUAAAAAAAACCUGUUGUGGGACAA